AUGCCUGCUAGCGUUUAUUCCGAAAUGACUACUACUAGCAGCGCGCUAGAGGAUCAACGCGCAUUGCAGUUAGCUUUUGAACUAUCCAUGCUUGCUUUGAAUGGGGAGGAUGACACUUCUUCUUCUCCCCCUCUUCCAAAUUCAACUUUCGACGAAGCACACAUGAGAGCGAGGAGUGCCAAUACUACAGAAUGUGUGCCAGUGCCUAGUUCGGAACAUGUAGCAGAAAUAGUUGGAAGACAAGGUUGCAAAAUCAAAGCUUUACGAGCAAAAACCAACACAUACAUCAAAACCCCAGUUCGUGGUGAGGAACCAGUGUUUGUUGUCACAGGAAGAAAAGAAGACGUGGGUUUAGCAAAACGUGAAAUAGUGUCAGCAGCAGAACAUUUUAGCCAAAUCAGGGCUUCACGUAGGAAUAGCAGUGUAUCUAGUGUUUCGAGCAAUGGAUCUAAUUUAACACCAGGCCCACCAAGUCCUAAUGCUCCAGGACAAAUAACUAUUCAAGUUCGUGUUCCUUAUCGAGUAGUUGGAUUAGUUGUUGGUCCUAAAGGUGCUACAAUCAAAAGAAUUCAGCAACAAACACAUACCUAUAUUGUGACACCAAGUAGAGACAAGGAACCAGUUUUUGAAGUUACAGGAUUACCAGAAAAUGUUGAAAAGGCUCGACACGAAAUAGAAAGUCAUAUAGCAUUACGCACUGGUGAUUUGGUGAAUGGAAUCAAUGGUUUUAGUUCAUACGACAACGAUGAAGGAAUAAGUUCACCAUCUUAUGAUCCAUUUGUUCCUCCUACAACAUCACCCUCACUUCCAGAAAGUGGCACACAAAGUCAGGGCAGCGGUUCACCGAGCAAUAUCUCUCCUGUACCUGGAGAUCACCCCACCGUGAGAAGAAUCAGAAGUGAUCCACUGAGCAAUGGAUUAACCAAUGGUACAUGCAUAACAAAUGGUUCCUGUAUGAAUGGUCUGCCUACCACCUUUGGAUCUACCUCCAACCUUGAUCGCCCUUCCUCGACAAGCCCAAUUCUGGAUGCAAAUGGUGUGGUGCGUCCGAGAAGACAUUGUCUUAUUUGCUCAGAAAAUGAAGUGGUUGCAGCACUUGUUCCAUGUGGUCACAAUUUAUUUUGCAUGGAUUGUGCCUCGUCUAUUGUUGGAAAACCUAUGGCUGAAAGAUCUUGUCCAGUUUGUCAACAGCCACCAUCUCAGGCUAUUCGAAUCCUUUCC